AUACUAUUGACAAUUAAAAUUUUAUCCAACAAGAACAAGGUUUUCAUCGAAAUUUAUUAUUUCUUCUUCUUAAAUUAAUUCAAUAGCUUUCGAUUUUUUUAUAAGACACAGUAUAUAACAUAAUGGAUGUAUUAAUAACAUUGUUUUACAUAUUAUUUUCAAUAUGCGUUGUUUAUCCGCCAACGGAGUUCGUGUCCGCCGGUUUCACGAUAGCCCAGCUGUUUGAUAGUUAUUUGGGAUCUGAGAAUGUAAAUUUUAUUGGGUAUCAUAUGAAGAGGAUGACGAUAACUGUGAUGAUCCACUCGGCGCUGCCGCUGGGAUAUGUGUUUUGCCUGUGGUGUGGGGGCGAGCGCGGACCAUGGAUGCUGGCGGCGGCGGCGGGCACUGCGAUCUUGCCGCUGCUGAUGUGCUACAGGAUCCUGUGCUGGUGGGAGCACGACAAGAGCAAGCACCCGGCCGUGCGCGCACUGCUGCCCUAUGUCAAUCCUGGGAGCGACUGGAGGGUUGUUGCUGCUAAUCUCAAUAUUGAAUUUCGAAGUGUAGACAAAGUGUCAGUGCCAUUAGGAGCCACCAGCAAAUUUGUAGCAACUGAGACUUGGCUGAUCAAAGUGACGCAAUAUACCUUGGACAUUGUAAAGCAAACUGACUGUGCACUUGUUGCUACUGCUACCGACAGCCAUGAUCUCGCACCCACGGGUGAAGAUGAAGUACAGUUUGUGAACAUAGAAGUGAUCCCGUCCCGUGAUGACAUCCGUCGCUUCACCGUCCGCAUGUCGACGACCGCACUGCGGGACCUGCAGCCACGCCUGGCCAUGCCCGUGCGUGUUCCAGACCACAUCAGCCUGCUGCCCACACUCAUUGAGAGAUUUGUCAAUGUCUUCAAACAACACAUUGAGCAGAAUCCUGUUUAUAUUGUCGAUCAGGAGCCAGAAUUAUGCAUCGGUUGUAUGCAAGCCCCGGCAGACGUGAAGCUCACGCGCCGCUGCCUGCCGCCGCCGCCGCACCUCGAGGGCGGGCCUCCACAGUGCCAGCAGUGCAACUGCAGGGUGCUGUGGUGCGCGUCGUGCAUGGCCCGCUGGUGGGCGGCGCGCGCGGGCGGCGCCCCCGCGGGCUGGCUGGCGGCGCGCUGCACGUGCCCCGUGUGCCGCGCCACCUUCUGCCUGCUGGACUGCUGCCCCGCGCAGCUGCAGCGCUCCUAAGUGGCCGCGGGCUGGCCUAUUUAACAUACCAAACAAAGUUAAGGCGAUAUAUGAAGCGAAUCACCUUGUCCGUUAUAUCCAUGUUUCAGCCGUCGGGCGCGCGCCAUCUAUCGCACAUCUCGUGUGAUUACUCUCGCGCUAUCGACUGCGUGAAGUUUUUCGAGUGUGCAGAGUAAUGACGAAGAUCAGAACCGUAGAAAUAAAAGCUUAGAAUUUUGUAGGAGUAUAAUAAUAAUAAGUAAAGAGACGAAUAAUGGUAUACAAUGUAAUGGUGUAUUUACUUUGUACUAGUAUUUCAAAAUACAUACAUUGCCACAGUUUCUCUUCAUAUAUCGCCUUAAAAUGGAACGAAAGGGAAGUAGGUCUAGACGUGUUUUUGAUUAAACUAUCGAAAGGAUGACCCUCAUAAAUAACCCUUCUGUAAAACAUACUAGUCUUACCUAUUCUAUAAAAAACGAAAGUGCGUGUUGAGAGACGAUGAAAUUUUUCUGAAACGAUUUUAAGGAGUCUCCCCACACGAUUGUUAUCUCAUCAUAGACGUGACGAUAAAUAGAUGUUAUAACAUAUUAUGAAUCCGUUGUGUGGUUUCAUUGAAACGUCGUAGCUUCUCAAAGUAAUAAUAUUUUUUCAAAGACACGUCUAAAACAUCUGAUACUCUUUAUUAAUAAUAUAACGUUUAUUAUUAAAGUAAUUAUAAAAGACGUUUCAAGCCGAUUUAAUUGUUGUAGCGAAAUAUUAGACUAAUAAAAUUCAAUGUAAUUAGUUGAGAACUGAAUGAAUUAAAAAUAAGUCUUAUUUCCCUAUAAAACUUAACGCAGUCUCUGCUAUUUGGCCAAAGUUAUCUAUAAGUAUUUAUAUUUUUUAUUAUUAUAUAAUAUUAUAGACAAACAUCAAGUUUUUAUUAAUGACAGUGCUUUUGCACAAAUUCCGAUUAAUCUCUUUUUUCCUACAUAUUAUGUUUAUUUAACAUAAUGGUAAGGUGCAUAAUAUUUACUCUAAUAUAAGUAGUUAUUUUAAAAGUAAUGCAUUUAACUCACUAGCUAUAAAA